UGUAUUUGAAGUUCACGCGCUAGUGUAAACACUGAUUCAUUUUCGGCUUUUCAUCAUGGCGGAAAUGAGUCCUGGAUAUACAACAGUUUGAGGUCGAUAUAAAACAUGGCGCACAAAGCUGAACUAGCAAAUGUCAAAUACAGAAACUGGGUGAAGGCUGGACUUGGUAUAAAGUACGUUAAAGAAGGCUUGGAACCAUUCUGUGACCACCUGGCUACACAACAACAUAUUGAUAUCCUGAAUAAAGUUAAAAUGUCACACAGUCUUUCAGCAGUGGCUUGUGGGCAUUGCGAUGUACGGACUCUCCAGCCUAAUCAUGUCCGAACCAGAACUAAGCAGUGCCCUCUUGAUCAAAUUAAAUGUAACUGUCAGCGUCCGGGCUGGAAAAAGUUGUGUCCCAACAAUGUAUGUGGCGCCAUCUAUGAUGAAAUCAUUCAACUCCACGCAUCAACUCCUCCAGCGCCAUACUGGAAGAACACGGAUGCACGUCAAUGGUGCACUGAACCAUGGUCUGUAGCAAAAUGUUUCAUAAAUGCUCCGGGAUAUGACAAAAAGACAAAAGCUUAUGAGUUUGACUGUCCUGGCUUAUUACAUGUGUUGAUAAACAAUAAAGGUUUUCAGCGACACAUCAAGUGUAAGAUUUCUGGCACAGAUGUAUUUACAAGGGUACGCAAGUCUAGAAACGAUAUAUUUCAUUCUAAUAGCAUGGAACUAGAAGACACUGAGGUUAACGGUUAUAUUGAUGAUAUGAUAGAACUGUUGGAAGAUGAACAAGAAAUUAAACACACACCAGAAUCUAAAGAUGCUGUCAAAAAACUGCAAGAGCUAAAGCACGAGGAUUUCAUUAUAUCAACUACUGACGAAGCCGAAAUUCGUCGUGUUGCGAUGGCUGCAAUUAAUGAAAAGGAAAAAGAACUUGAACAGAUGAUAGUCGACGCAGGAAACAAACUUAGGACUACAGUUGACGAAGGAAAACACGAUAUUGAGGGGAAGGGUUCAGUUAUCAAGGCAGAACUCAAUCAGACAGGACAAAAAAUAAGUAAAGAGUUAGUGAUGAAAGAAGCAGAACUCGAACAGACAGGACAGAACAUAAAAAAGGAUUUGGCGAUGAAAGAAGCAGAACUCGAACAGACGGGACAGAAAAUAAUAAAAGAAGUGGUGAUGAAAGAAGCUGAACUCGAGCAGACGGGACAGAAAAUCAGAAAGGAUUUGGCGAUGAAAGAAGCUGAACUCGAACAGACGGGACAGAAAAUAAUAAAAGAAGUGGUGAUGAAAGAAGCUGAACUCGAGCAGACAGGGCAUCGCAUUAAAAAGGAAUUGGUGAUAAAAGAAGAGGAGUCAAAAUUGAAAAUUGAACAGAAAGGAAUCGAUAUCGAAAAGCAAGCAACAGAAAAACUAGAGCAGAAACUUAAAGAAGCAGAGCUGCAGUUAGAGAGUCACAAAAACUUGAUUGAAGGGUCGAUGACGAAUACCGCUGAGACUACAAAAGAAGCUGUGACUAACAGCGAAAAAACAGACUUGCAGAUGAAACUGGUCAAACUAUAUGAAAUACACAUUAGAAAGAUUGUUCCGCUGCCCCGCCUACAUAAAGAUCGAAGGAAUGUAAGUGAAAUGUAUGUUCCUCCCUGGAUGACUGUAGAAGUAAAGAAAGAAGCGUCUGACGAAAAAAAUGAAGAGUCUAAUGAAUGGGAAGAAGUUAAGAUUUCAAUGGACGAAAUAUUCAGAAAUAAAGAAAGGUCCGCAAAAAAUAUCUACGUAAUCGGAGAAGCUGGCACAGGGAAAACCACGUUUUGUAAAAUGCUGGUACAUUUCUGGGUUAUCGCUCAUCAGUAUCAGGAAUACAGUUUAGACGUGCCUGACAUAGUGAAAGAAAUGAAACACUUUAAAUUCUUAUUUUAUAUUUCACUUCGACAUUUUUCUGACUGUGACAGUAUAGAAAAUAUGUUAAAGAAAUCUUACAGUGAUCCUGCGCUUAGAGAUAUUUUACGAAAUGACUCCAGUGCAUGUCUUAUAAUUCUUGACGGUCUCGACGAAUGGGACCCAGAAAGAAAACAUAUUUCACAGUUUCUUACCCCAGGACUUCCAGGACGUGAGCUCGAUACGGACUAUACUAUUAUUACAACUUCAAGACAAUGGAAAUUUGAUGCUCUGCCACUAAGUUGUAUUGAGGUAGAUAAAAAAAUCAAACUAAAUGGAAUUGAUAGGUAUGAAAUAAAAAAAUUCACUAAGAAAACAAUCGAAACAUUAAAUGACAUCUAUCAAAAAAGUAAAAAUGCAGAGGAGUGUAUAACUGAUCUUCGAAGUAGACAAGUGUCCGACAUUAGCCAUACACCAUUGGUCUUGCAACAACUUAUUUCUCUAUGGUUUCAUAAUAAACUCAAAGAUAAUUCGAAGUGUGCUAUAUACAGAAGUAUGUUAGACCUCUUUCUAGAGUGGAAAACACUUGGGACUUCUGAAAGUCAAGACCAACUGUAUGCUAUCAAUACUACCAGUAGAAAUACACAUGUGACGAAGUACCUUUCAUAUUUAGCGUACGAAACCUUGUUUGACAAAAAUAAAGAAACCACACUGACGUUCAGUAGUUCAACACUUACCCAGUUGAACAUACCACGUGAUGUGAUAAAGGACUGUUUGGUCAGUGGCAUUUUAAAAGAAGAGCGAAACGUAAGUUUGACUGAAAGUAUACAAUCAUCAAUUUCCUUUUUUCACAAAUCAAUGCAAGAAUAUCUAGCUGCAGUGUAUAUAGCUAGUCAGUUCAGAGAAAUGCUAAAAUCGCAGAAGGAUGAACAUGAUCUUAAAGAUGUCUGCGAAAAGUGCGUAAGGAAAUACUUCGGUAGUUGCAAAACAGUUGUUGAUAUUUUAGAACAGUCAACCGUGUUAAUAAUACUUUGUGGAUUAGAACCACGCUUGUUGACAAAUAUUAGUGAAUAUUUCUAUAACAUAACAAUUGUUGACAAAAUGGUGGUUAAGGGUCGUCGUCAAAUGAGUCUAGAUCAUCGUACAUUGAUCAAUAAUAUUCAAGCGUUCAUUUUAAAGUGCAUUGAAGCAGCUAUGUCGAUUACACAAAAUGCUCGAUUACGUGUUUAUAUUGCCGAUCUUUACGUUGACCCUUCAACGGGUUUGCUAAGUUAUGUUCAUAAUAUUGUUUUUGAAAAUGUUCUAUCUAUAGAAAUAGUAGACAGUCUAUCCAGCCUGAUACCACCUUUAAGUUAUAAGAAAGAUGAUCAUAAAGAAAAAUUUUAUUGUGCCGUGAAACAUUUAGUAAAAUGUGAUCAAUUAAAGGUAAUUAAAUUUACACUUCAGAGGGGUAUUAACGAGAGGAUUAAAAAUGAAGUUACUACAAUACUUGAGACAAAUGUUCGCACGCUUGAAACUAUCCAUUUGGGAAUUACAGACAAUGAUAUUAUAAUGAUAACGCGUCUUGUUUCAAUGUUACCGAAAAUGCGACAAUUAAUUUCCCUCCAGAUGGACUCCGGGCCCUUUGGAAGAAGUGGUUUAACGCAUGAUGAUAGUGUGUCGUUGUGUAAAUUCCUAGAGCAGACUACAAGUCUUCAACAUAUAUCGCUCGGUAUUUCUUGUAGUAAACGAGAUUACCACAUGAUAGACCUAGCAAAACAUAAACAACUUCAACAUGUUGAUUUUUUCUCGAGUUCAUUCAGUAUGGUCAGUUGUAACACUGACAAUCUAGAAACAUGUAAGCUUAACAUUACAAGUGCUGACACGAUGAAACAAGUGUGUAACAAUCUAUAUAAAGCAGAUAAAUUAAAACAUCUCGAGCUGGAGUGUUAUUUUAUCUGCUCUGACGAAACUAAUACUGAAAGUCUUACCAGACUGCUGUUAUCAUUAGUCAGUCUCAGUACUCUAACGUUAGAGAACUUUACUUUUACUGACAAUAUUAUAGCACGUCCGUGUGAUAUGAAGAACCUGAAAAAAAUAACACUUCGCAGUGUAACAAUGAGUAUGACCACGUGGUACAAGUUUAUAGACAGUCUUCCUGCACUACCACUAGUAGUAACGGUAACAACACGCCGCAUGGAUAUUAGAGAUAUAUACAGUAUGCCUGAUAAAAAACAAGAAGCAUCUGCAUACCAGUAUGUUAGAGAGAAAACGAAUUUAUUCCGUGUGCCAAAGGAAUAUAUAUUAUGUUUUCAAUUUAUUACAAAGAAAUUGUGACUCUGAAUAUGAGUUUAUUAUAAUGCAAAGAUAGAUCAUGUGAGUAGACAAAAAUGUUGACAAUGUUUCAUGAAAAAUGUACAGCAGAAAUGUUUCAUAUUAAGGGUUAUAUUACAGCAUUUCAUGUAGAACCUUUAUAAAAUUGUGCAUUUUAGUUCAGUGUAAAUAAAUGAAGUACUUCUAGAACUUUUUUCCAUUUUCAAACUGUAAGAAAAACAUCUUUAUUUGUGAGUUAUUGUUAUAAAACCAAAAACUUUUUACUUCGGAUAGUUCUAGUCUGUAUAUAUAAUUACAAUAACACGUUUACAUAAUCUACAUGAUAUACAUGUACAUAUGACAAAUAGAUUUACCGCGUUAAUCACGCAAUACCUAUUUGAUAUGAAAUAGAAGAAUUUUAGUUGUGUAAUAUUUUUAUCAUAUUUAUAACUUAUCAAACUGAAAAUGUUAGUGGAUUUAUCUUUAUAUUAAAUGCUUUUAGUUUAAACUACUUUGAUAUUACAAUAUAUAAUGUAUAUGUACAUGUGGCGGCUCGCCACUUAAUAGUUUAACUUACUCAUAUGUCGGCAUGAUCUAACAUCUUAUACUGUGCUUCUUAUUCAGACUAUCAUAUGUAAGUUGUAACAUUUCCGGUAUGGCUGGCAUAUUACAUGAUAUCAGAACAGCAAAAUUUAAAAUUGAACAUUGGACUGGUCUAUAGCACAGACUGUGGACCGGCGAUAUGUGUUAUGUGUCAUAAUUGGACAUGGACAUUGGUAUACCUCAGUAGAUGUAAAUAUUUUCGGCCAAGUUUAUUGAUGUCUACUAUUGUCUUAAAGAGUGCGAACUUGUGUAACAUUUCAAAGCAGAUUUAGUUGUUAGUUAUGAUUAAGUAAAUGUUGUUAUAGAGAACAUCUUUUACAGCAAAUAAAAUGUUUUCACCUAUUGAUUGGC